GAGCAGCCCUUUAUAAAUCAUUCUAUCAGAUAUCUAUCGUGUUCCCUAACAAAUCAUUCCAUACAUUUAUUUCAGACCAUCAAAACUAAGUCUCACAAAUUUUGUUUCAAAUGGCUGAGGCCACCGAGUACAAGCCUGGCGAUUCGCCAUUGGCAGAGCAAGAUGAUCGAAAACUAUUCUGCAAGUAUCACUACAAAGGGGUUCUCAUUUUGCUGAUUCCUCUCAUAUUUGCACCCAUAUUGCUGGCAGAGAAUGUAUUGGUUGCUCGGUUUAUCUACCUUACAAUAUGUCUAUAUCUGUACUACAUCCUCAAUGUUAUGGCGCAAGGAGCCACAGCUUUUAUCUAUAUUACUUUUGUGCCCGUCUUCGGCAUCGCCGGCUCGGGGCCUGUCAGCAAUUCGUACUAUACAGAUUUGAUAUUUUUGACAUAUGGCAGCGUGUUUUUGGGCGUCGUGAUGGACAGCUCGAAGCUAAGCGAUCGUCUCGGCAUAUUGGUCAUUAAAAUUUGCGGUGGCAACAUAAGAAUUCUUCAGCUAUUUCUGGUUAUUGCCACUGCGGUGUCCUCCAUUUUUGUUAACUCCACAGUCAUGUCGGCUUUUUGGAUGAAGAUUGCUUUAGCUGUAAUGAAUGAAUUCAAUGAAGCUGGCAUUGCCAGAAUGUACUCCGACGAAGAGCCCUACGAGCGCGGAUCCAAACCUUAUCCCUCACGUCCUGCAGUGGGCAUUUACUUAACUGUUUGCUAUGCUGCCAGCCUGGGUGCCAUGAUUUCGCCAAUGCAGGAUCCAAACGGAGUUCUAAUCGAUCUUUUCAACGUGAAUUUGAAGGGCAAGGCCGGCGCCGAAAGCUUUCUGGUACUUUUGAUUGUUCCAAUGAUUCUCAGCUUGAUUGUUUUGAUUGUGUGGAUCAACAUUAUGUUCCUGGGACUGGUCGGUGGCAGUGUGAAGCAGGAGCUGGCCGAGGGCGCUGGAAAUAGGGCUGGAAUCAAACAGGCCAUGGUCGAUAAGAGCGAGAAAAUGGGUCCCUGGACAAUCCACACCAAAUUGUCGCUCACUUUGGUUCUUAUUACGUUUCUGCUGAUGAUGACGCGAAAGCCUCGCUUCAUGGAUGGCUGGGAUACCAUAAGCAAGACGACAGCUAAUGGGGCAUCCGUCGCUGUCAUUGGAAUGAGCAUUCUGUUCUUUGCCGUUCCUGCCAACUAUUUGUUCUGCAAAUACUACAUGUGUCGCCAGCCCAAGAAGGAGGGCACUGCACCAUCGCUGCUGGGCUGGAAGGCGGUGAACUCCAAUACUCCGUGGGGACACAUAUUUAUGCUGGCCGCCGGAUUCAGCUUUGUGUACAGUGGUCUGCAUGCCGGUUUCUUUGAUUACUUGGCUGACUCGGCGGCAGAUUUUAAAAUGGGCAGAGGCAUGUCCUUGGUUUAUGGAUCGUUUUUGGGAACUCUAAUGACAGCCCUAGCACCAGCCACCACUUUGGCCAAGCACGCUGUUCCCAUUAUGUUUGGAGCCGGUAAGAAGUUUGCUGUACCCUUUGGCACUGCAUUGCACAAUCAGUUUCUGCUACCAAACAGCACAUCGGCGAACACAAUUGUUGCCGGCUGGGGCAACAUUAGACCUUAUCAGUUUCUAUUGGGAGGCCUGGUCCCUACCAUACUCAUGUUUAUAUUCACUUUGGGCUUCAUCAUGGCCCUGGGAGGCACUGCCUUUCCCGGAUAUUAAACUAAUUAAAAUAUAAAAAAUACAAGCAAAAUCACAAUCAGCAUCU